UGACGUCAUCCUCUGACGCGCUGCACUAUGGCGAUGCCCUUGUUACAAUGGGGACUGUUGUGGAUCACUCGUUUCCCGACUUAUCGUGAAUAACUGCGGAUCUGCUCGUUCGGUUGUGUGUUCAGGGUGAUUUCUCCACUACGGCUACAUGUUAAAGCAGUCGAGUGCAGCAGGUCCAUCCAACGUUGCCUCCCCUAAGCCAAUGAAGGAAUCGAGAGAGAACUUCUCAAUGACUGGCCAAACGAUUCUGGACCACAUCAAACCAUGCUGGUACUGGGACAAGAAGGAUUUGGCCCACACCCCAUCUCAGUCCGAGGGCCUGGACUCGGCCACGGAAGCUCGAUAUCGGCGAGAAGGAGCCCGCUUCAUAUUUGACGUGGGAACACGACUUGGCCUACACUAUGACACACUGGCAACUGGGAUCAUAUAUUUCCACCGCUUCUACAUGUUUCACUCCUUCAAGCAGUUCCCUAGAUAUGUGACAGGUGGUUGCUGUCUCUUCCUGGCGGGAAAAGUGGAGGAGACCCCGAAGAAGUGCAAAGACAUCAUUAAAACCGCCCGCAGCUUACUGAAUGAUGUGCAGUUUGCUCAGUUUGGAGACGACCCGAAGGAAGAGGUGAUGGUUUUGGAGAGAAUCUUGCUCCAGACUAUCAAAUUUGACCUGCAGGUGGAGCACCCCUACAUGUUCCUGCUGCGCUAUGUCAAGCAGCUCAAAGGGGAAAAGAAUAAAGUGUGCAAGGUGCUGCAAAUGGCAUGGACGUUUGUCAAUGACAGCUUGUGCACCAUGCUGUCUCUGCAGUGGGAGCCAGAGAUUAUCGCGGUUGCCGUCAUGUACCUGGCUGGCCGCCUCUGCAAGUUCGACAUCCAGGAGUGGACCGCCAAGCAGUCAUCACGCAGCUGGUGGGAGCAGUUUGUCCAGGACGUCCCAGUCGGGCUGCUUGAAGACAUUUGCCACCAGAUCCUGGACCUGUACUCGCAGGGCAACAAGCCCAUCCCUCAGCAGAUGCAGGAGAAGGAGCGGCCGCCUAUUCCUCCAAUCCCUGCUCCUCCUGCCCCACUAGGACCACCCCCAGUUGCCAACCCUCCUCCCCCACCCCCAAAGAAGACAUCCCCUCAGGGUGGCAGCCCUGCACGCCAGCUCAAACGCUCACAUACGUCCCCCAAAGAUGAACCAAAGGCUCCAGAACAAAUCGGGUCGAAGAUCCCUAGACUGGAGAGCCCGAUGCCCCCUCUGCCAACGUCGCAGCCUCCCUCAGACCGAAAAGCUCCAGCUCCAGCACUUCCCACAGAAGCCGAACCAGGAAGUGAGGCUGCUCCUCCACCCCCGCACGCGCCGCCUCCACACCAGCCCCCUCCGCUGCCCCAUCGCCCUCCUCCACCGCCGCCCUCCAACUACAUCAUGUCCACCACCAGCUCCUACAUGUCUGGGGAGGGCUAUCAGAACCUGCAGUCCAUGAUGAAGACGGAGGGCCCCUCCUACGCCCCCAUGCCGCCCAGCUAUGCUCCCCCAAUACCGCCAUACCACCAACACGUGUAUCCGCCGCCUGCAGCACCACCUCCAGGCCCUCCACCUCCUUCCACCUACCCGCCACCCAGCUUGGCCCCGACCUAUCCGCCUCCAGGUUACAAUAGCUACCCUCCGCCACCUCCACGCAUGCCACCAGGGCACGUACCUCCAGGAAUAGGCCUUCCACCUACAGGGUACCCCCCUCCGCCUCCUGUGCCUCCAGGACAGUCACAGGUCCCCCUGCCCCUUCCACCCGGCAUGCCCCUGAACCGGGGUGGAUGGAUGAGAUGAGAGUGUGAUACGUUUAUGAACUGAGACUGGGGAGGAAACGCUCUCUGAGAAUAACCGGGAACUGGUGUUAUUCUGGUACAAAGGAAAAGAAGCAGUUUCCACCAGGACUCCUGAUAAACAGUUUCUAGGGUCGUGAUUAAAGUUUUAUCAGCAGAUAGUCUUAAGAAGAAAAGUGAGGUUUGUUAUUGGAACCCGAAGUGGUGCUGCAAGAUCGUAGUAAGAAUCUUGAAAUAUUUCAAAGUAAGCGACUUAAGGAGAACCUGGUGUUCCCAAUUCCAGGAUCUUGUAACAAACACGGUUUACUCAUUGUUUCGGUUCUGGGAAUGUACCAGGAAAUAGUGACACCCUGUUUUUUUCCCCACCGAUUUCGCUCUUGUUUUUUAGUUUCGUCAGGCUUGCUCCUUCACUAAUCAUGGGGAGAUGAAACGUACUAUUUUUACUUUACCUUUAAAUGGAUAAAAGGUCGACUUAUAUUCCCUUCUGUUUUUCUAUCACCCUCAUCUUGUUUGGUUUUUCCUGAAUCUCCAAUCCAUCCUAGUGUUGCAGAGAUAAAACAGUGUAGUAAAACCUUGGUUUUAUGGUUAAAAAUGCAUCGGUUAGAUAUAAAAACAUCAAUACGAUUGAAGGAGACAUGCUGUAUAUUCAAACAUGUCCUUGAAUGUACAUGCUGUAUAUUUUUUUGGUCUUGUUACUUGUAUUCUGUGGAAACACUGAGGUCGUGUCCGUCGCAAGAAGUUUCUUUGCCUUGUUCGUUUUUGUUACUUAUUUCCUGUUUCAUUAUUUUUAUUGCAACUACACAACACAAACCCUGUUAUCAAACCCAACAACAUCUAACACUGGACAUUCUAAGGUUUAUUUGUACAUAUCUGAUCUUUUCAUCCGGACAGAUUUGUUUUGAGUUUCUAUCCAUAUGUGCCUUAGUCAGGCCUCUCUUUUUCUCUGUAUGCUGCACGCAGCUUUGGUUUUGUGUCUGAGUGGCACUUAAAACAAUAAAAACUGGCUUUUCCUACUUUAAA